UCGGGCUGCCACGUGGAAUUGCUCUUCCUGCGCUACAUCUCGGACUGGGACCUGGACCCCGGCCGCUGCUACCGCGUCACCUGGUUCACCUCCUGGAGCCCCUGCUACGACUGUGCCCGACACGUGGCCGACUUCCUGAGAGGGAACCCCAACCUCAGCCUGCGGAUCUUCACCGCGCGCCUCUACUUCUGCGAUCAGGACCGCAAGGCUGAGCCCGAGGGGCUGCGGCGGCUGCACCGCGCCGGGGUCCAGAUCGCCAUCAUGACCUUCAAAGAUUAUUUUUACUGCUGGAAUACUUUUGUAGAAAAUCAUGAAAGAAAUUUCAAGGCCUGGGAGGGGCUGCAUGAAAAUUCAGUUCGUCUCUCCAGACAGCUUCGCCGCAUCCUUUUG